AUGUCUCAAAUUAACAGUAACUCUUAUCAAAUACGAAAGGAAGCUGAUAAUCAGAAAUUAGAAAAAACAGAAAUUUUAGAAAAAACCAUAACCACCAUCCAAGAAAUAAAAAGAAAACGUGAAAUAGCAAUGGAUAUUAUUUAUCAAGAAGGUUAUUCAAGAUGUUUAUUAGAAAUUAACUCAUUUUUAUCAUGUUUUAAUUUACCUGAAUCUAGUCGACAGAAUGUAUUAAAAUAUCUAACAAGACGACCACAUAAAAAUAUCAACCUACAAUCACCAACAGAAAGUAUACAGUGUUAUAAUAGAUUAGUUAAUGUCGAUAUACAGAUUCAGAAUGGUAGCAUUAACAAUCUCGUCUGGCGACCUUGGAUCUGA